AGCGGCCCGUAGCCCGGAAGCGGACUGUGCGCGGUCCCGGAAGUGACGCACCACCACCUUUCCGGCGCGGGCGGCGUGCUCUCUCCGGGCCAGCGAGUGGAGCCGCCGCGGCCAUGAGCGUCCCGGCCUUUAUCGAUAUCACCGAGGAGGACCAGGCUGCAGAACUUCGAGCUUAUCUGAAAUCUAAAGGAGCUGAGAUCUCUGAAGAGAACUCUGAAGGUGGACUUCACAUUGACUUGGCUCAGAUUAUUGAAGUCUGUGAUGUAUGUCUAAAGGAGGAUGAUAAAGAUGUUGAAAGUGUAAUGAACAGUGUAGUAUCUCUGCUUCUUAUCCUGGAACCUGACAAACAAGAAGCUUUGAUUGAAAGCCUGUGUGAGAAGUUGGUAAAAUUUCGGGAAGGUGAGCGUCCAUCUCUGAGGCUGCAGCUGCUGAGCAAUCUCUUCCAUGGUAUGGAUAAGAAUACUCCUGUGAGAUAUACAGUCUACUGCAGCCUUAUUAAAGUGGCCUCAGCAUGUGGUGCCAUUCAGUACAUUCCAACGGAACUAGAUCAGGUUCGAAAGUGGAUUUCUGACUGGAAUCUCAGCACAGAGAAAAAACAUACUCUUCUGAGACUGCUAUAUGAUGCACUGGUGGACUGCAAGAAGAGUGACUCUGCAGCCAAAGUAAUGGUGGAACUGUUGGGAAGUUACACAGAGGAUAAUGCUUCCCAGGCUAGAGUUGAUGCUCACAGAUGUAUUGUCCGAGCAUUGAAGGACCCAAAUACCUUUCUCUUCGACCAUCUUCUUGCCUUAAAACCAGUGAAAUUUUUGGAAGGAGAACUUAUCCAUGAUCUUUUGACCAUUUUUGUAAGUGCAAAAUUAGCAUCCUACGUCAAAUUUUAUCAGAACAACAAAGACUUCAUUGACUCACUUGGCUUGUUACAUGAGCAGAAUAUGGCAAAAAUGAGACUACUUACUUUUAUGGGAAUGGCAGUGGAAAACAAAGAAAUCUCAUUUGACACAAUGCAGCAGGAACUUCAGAUUGGAGCAGAUGAUGUAGAAGCAUUUGUCAUUGAUGCUGUAAAGACAAAGAUGGUGAACUGCAAAAUUGAUCAGACACAGAGAAAAGUAGUUGUCAGUAACAGCACACAUCGGACUUUUGGAAAGCAGCAGUGGCAACAAUUGUAUGACACACUUAACUCCUGGAAACAAAAUUUGAAUCAAGUGAAAAACAGUCUCCUCAGUCUUUCUGAUACCUGAAUGUUGCAUUUUUUGUUGGCCUCAGAGCAGAUUUCAAAAACAUUCAAAACUUCAUUUUGACAACUUUUGAAGUUUUUUGUCUCCAAAAUAUGUGUAAUUGGUUUUAAGAAAUUAAAGACUCAACUAUGAGCUACAAAAGCAAUAAAAGUAAAAUGGGAAAACA